GUGUGAUCCAGCGCGGGAGGAAGGAGGAAGCGGCGGGGGAUGGUGGGGGGACGAGGAGGAGGGGGAGGGGGAGGGCGGAGGCAGGAGAGGCAGGCGCUGAUGGUGGCGUUCGCGUUGGCGCUGCUGAUGGGCACCGCCGUCUACUUCCGCAUCUGGGCGCGCCAGUCCACCGACCCCUCCUUCACCGUCGACGAUCGCGAGGAGCUCCGGAGGCAAUUUGAGCGUGCCAACCUAGAAGCAAUGGAUGAAUCUGCUGAAUGGAGAAUGAAAUAUGACACGGAGUUUGCAAAAAACAAACAGCUGCAAGAUGACCUUUUAAAAGCUAAGGCAUCACUUUCUACUUCAACCAAGAGAUUUGACCUAUUGAAGAAGGAUAACGAGGUGCUGAAGAGGCAGAUUGAAAUAAUGAAAAGGCAAUGCAAUUGCACUGUUCCUGUACUUACACAAGAAUAAUGACAGUGCUACAUUCUUCUUUGGCAGUUUAACACUCAUCUUCCUUAAAAUUAGACAUGCGAAGUAGAGGGAGCCCAAGUAGAGUGGUGCAGUAUGAAAUAGGAGAAAACUAUUUUAGCCAAAAAAAAAAAGAGAGAAAAUUUUGUUUGCCUUUGUUAGCGAGUUACACACAUACCAUUUGAAGUGGUUGCUCCUGAGUCCCAACUAGCAAACUACCACUGCAAAUAGCGGGGUUUUGGUUCAUUUAAGUGGUGUAUUCAGUUCUAAGUUAUCCUGAAGAUCCGUUGGUGCAUCAUCAUUUGGAAUAUCUGAAUCAACAAUAUGAAAAUUGGAAACA